AUGGGGGCACUCUUUCAGCCGAUAAACCAAGUGAAGUUCACAAAUGUUGCUAUAGUGAAGUAUAAACACAAGGGAAAAAAGUUCGAAAUUGCCUGUUACAAGAACAAAAUAAUUGACUGGAGAAAUGGAAUCGAGCUCAACAUAGACGAUGUGCUGCAGUCACACUUAAUUUUUACUAACAUAUCGAAGGGAGAAAUAGCCAAGAAGUCGGAACUGAAUUCUUGCUUCAACUCGGACAACAACUAUGAAAUAUGCAAAACGAUUUUAGAGAAAGGCACACUACAAAUUAGCAACAAAGAGAGGUCGAUUAUGAAGGAGAAAAUUUACAAAGACAUGAUUGAGAUUCUGCACGAAAUGAGUGUGAACCCCCAGACGGGUUAUCCUCUCUCAACCAACAUGAUAGAAAGCAUGGUUAAAAAUAUUGGUUACAGCAUAAACAUAGACGACAGCGCAAAGAAGCAAGCGUUAAAAGUUUUUGACAUUUUAAGUAAAGAAUAUGAUGAUGUUAUUCAACGGGCAUUCAUGAGAAUCCAAAUCAUUUGUGAUGAUUGUAUAAAAGAGGACGUUAUAAAAUUUCUUAAUAGUAACAAUGUUAUUAUAGAAGAACAAAAAUUAACCAACAACGUUAAGAGAGAAGACAAUGUAGAUGCGGAAAGUAGUCACCUGCGUGAUGAAUGUGCCCACUUACGUAAAAAUGAGGUAGAAGAAAAUGAAAAAGACGCGGUCAGCGAACCAGCGAAGAAAGAAUUUGGAGAAAAUGAAAAAAUGUUGAGGGUUCCAGUUGCUGCGGAUAGUGCAGGCAAUAGCGUCAUGGGGAAAGAUGAAGAGGAGGAGAAUUACAGCCACAAAAACGUUGCUGAUCAAAAUGCAAGCAAUAAAGAACACUGUAGUAACAAUGCAGGUAGCACCCACCUGAGCAGCGAUCACAAAGAUGCCCCUGUAGAGGACAGUUCACCACCCAAGUCGAAUGAAGGGGCACAGGAGGAUGACGCGGAAUAUGAGACAAGUCACGGAACUAACAAAAAUUACACGAAUGAAAAGGAAAAGAGUGAAAGUAUUUCGAAAAAAGAAAUAAACCAUCUGUUACACAGCACCUCCAAUGAGGAGGAAAGAAAAAACACAACAGGUGAAAUAUCACGACAGAAGGAUGAAAAGACAGAGGUCGAUCCCCUUAGCGAUGACGUUAAAGUAAAAACGAAACAAAAAAAGAAUAAACACGAAAAAGAAAGGAAGGAAAAAAAUGCGGAAAUGCAUAAAAUUGUAUUUUUAUGCUACCCGUGUGUAUAUAGAUGUGUAGAUGCCUUUACCAAAAAAUAUAAGAAGAGCUGUUCCAGCAAAAUUUUGAAUAAUAACGUUAAGAUAGCCACCUCCAAUAAGAAGAAGAAGAACAAUGUGGAAAAUUCAGUGACUAGUGCGAAGGUGGAUACGAAUGACACAAUGGCAAGGACAGCUAAAGGCAAGGAUGACCGACAAAUGGGGGGCGACAACCUAAACGAUGGUAUAAGCAACAAGGGCAGUCGUAACAGAGGCAACGCCAAAGGCAACAGUCGCCGACAGGCAGAAGCCAAUCACGACGCUGCAAAUGCGAAUAACUCCGUGGACGUGAGCCGUGACCACCCCCAGCAGGCCAACAAGAGCACUAAUAGGAACGAUGAGGAAAAGGCUAUGGAUGACAACCAAAACAGCGCCAAUAGCAUCAAACACGAAGACGCUCCAAACACGGAACAAGAGAAAAGCAAGGAAGAACCAAGUGACAAGCCAAACAGCGAAGCCGUAAUCAUGUGCACAAGUUGCUUGACGAAAAUUGAAAAAAGCAACUACAAGCUGCACUGCAGAAGUGACUUUCAUGUGUAUAAUGUCAAGAGGAAGUAUAAAAAGCUCUCCCCCAUAACGCUGGAGGAAUACGUCGAAAUCGAUUUUGAUGUGGCACACUUUCAUGUUGAUAUGUGA